AUGGGAGGAGGUGAACACAAAGAGGCCGUCCUGGUCACACUGCCCAUGCAGAAACCAGACGCCGCAAUCGAGAAACUGCAAAACAAGUUCCCUCACCUCAAGAUAACCUACCGUAACGUGCCUUGGACAAAAGACCGCGCGCAGUUGGAAGAAGCAAUGCCCAAAGAGCUUUGGAGAGAAGCCACUGUGCUGUUGACAUUGUCCGCUCUGCCGCCUAAACCCGAGGAUGCUCCUUUGCUGGACUUUAUCCAGCUCUUCUCUGCUGGGUCUAAUCAACUCACCAGUCAUCCCAUCUAUACCGAUACAGACAUUCCCAUUGCCACUGCGUCUGGCGUGCAUGGCCCGCAGAUUGCUGAGUGGGUCAUCAUGACCCAUUUGAUUCAAACUCACAAGUACAACCAGCUUUACAAAGCUCAGAAGGAGCACAGAUGGGCCAAGGGUGGGUAUAGCGUCAAGGACUCUGUCGGCAUGCGUGUCGGAGUGCUCGGCUAUGGAAGUAUUGGACGCCAGGUCGGCAGAGUAGCCAAAGCCAUGGCAUCUCCAAAGGAUACGCCAGAGAAGAAGAAAGACGCCGGCUACAUCGUCCCUGGAACCGGUGAUCCGAACGGCGAGAUCCCUUCAGCAUGGUACUCGGGUCUGGACAAGGAGUCUCUGCACGACUUCCUAAAGCAAGGCAUCGAUCUCCUACUCAUCUCUGUACCACUCACAAAAGAAACAACACAUUUCUUGUCGACAGAGGAGUUUCAGAUUCUCAGCCAGCAUGGCAAGAAACCCGCUUUUGUGGCCAAUAUCGCAAGAGGACCUAUCAUCGAUCAGCCCGCGCUGAUCAAGGCUCUAAAGGAUGGAACUCUUGCAGGAGCUUCCUUGGACGUCACGGAUCCCGAACCCCUUCCCUCUGACAGCGAGCUAUGGGGUCUGGACAAUGUGAUCGUUACACCGCACAUCAGCGGCAAUGGCGAGGCAUAUGUCGACCGAGCAUUCCAGAUCCUCGAACUGCAGCUAGAACACAAGCAGAAGGGUGAAAAGUUCAUCAAUGUUGUCAACAGGAAGAGAGGAUACUAA